AUGGCUGUUACAAACAACGUGACCCAAUUACUAUUCACAGGACUCUUCCAGGAUCCAGAAGCAGAGAGAGUUUCUUUUGUGGUCUUUCUUCCUGUGUACAUGGCCACAGUACUGGGCAAUGGCCUCAUCAUCUUAACUGUCAACAGCAGCAAGAGUCUGAGCUCUCACAUGUAUUUCUUCCUUAACCACUUGUCCUUAGUAGAGAUCUGUUACUCCUCUACUAUUGUUCCUAAAUUCAUUUCUGGUUUAUUGGUUGAGAAUAAAACCAUCUCUUUGGAUGGCUGUAUGACCCAGAUCUUUUUCUUCCACUUCUUUGGGGUGGCUGAGAUCCUUUUGCUCACAGUGAUGGCCUAUGACCGGUACGUAGCCAUUUGUAAACCCCUGCACUACAUGACCAUCAUGAGCCGCCCUGAGUGUCAUGUGCUGGUGUUUAGCUCCUGGUUAGGAGGAAUGUUCCAUUCCAUGAUUCAGAUUCUCACUACUGUCCACUUGCCCUUCUGUGGCCCCCAUGUGAUUGACCAUUAUUUCUGUGACCUCCAUCCCUUGUUCAAGCUCGCCUGUACUGACACUUUUGUGGAGGGGAUCAUUGUGCUUACCAAUAGUGGUUUAUCCUCUGCGAUUUCCUUUGUCUUUUUGAUUUCUUCUUAUGUUGUCAUCCUGGUUCACUUGAGAAACCAGUCAGCAGAGGGGAGGCGCAAGGCCCUGUCCACUUGUGCCUCCCACAUCACUGUUGUCCUUUUAUACUUUGGUCCUGCUAUUUUUCUCUACAUGUGGCCCUCUUCCACCUUCACUGAAGACAAACUCAUGUCUGCGUUCUACACGAUGGUUGCUCCAAUGUUGAACCCCAUUAUUUAUACCAUGAGAAAUGCAGACGUAAAGAAUGCCAUGAAGAGUUUGUGGAGGAAGAAAUUGAACUUGGGAAGGGAAUGAAAAUGCAUAUGUAAAAAUGAAUUGUGACUUUGACAAUAAUAAUUAUCUUGAAUUUGAUUGUAAAAUGGCUGAAUAUUGUA